UUCUCACAGAGCAGCCGGAGAGCAGGCGUCGGGACGCAGCAAAGAGAGGAGACCCCAGAGUCAGGAGGAGUGAGAACCCUGACCCCUAAUCCCACUGCAUCCAGCCAAUAGGAGCCCAGCCACCAUGGCAGAACUGCAGGAGGUGCAGAUCACAGAGGAGAAGCCGCUGUUGCCAGGACAGACCUCUGAGGCGGCCAAGGAGGCUGAGUUAGCUGCCCGAAUCCUCCUGGACCAGGGACAGACUCACUCUGUGGAGACACCUUAUGGCUCUGUCACUUUUACUGUCUAUGGCACCCCUAAGCCCAAACGUCCAGCGAUAUUCACCUACCAUGAUGUGGGACUCAACUAUAAAUCUUGCUUCCAGCCGCUGUUUCAAUUUGGAGAUAUGCAGGAAAUCAUUCAAAACUUCGUGCGGGUUCAUGUGGAUGCCCCUGGAAUGGAAGAGGGGGCUCCUGUGUUCCCUUUGGGAUACCAGUACCCGUCUUUGGACCAGCUUGCAGACAUGAUCCCUUGCAUCCUGCAGUACUUAAAUUUCUCUACAAUAAUUGGAGUUGGUGUUGGAGCUGGAGCCUACAUCUUGUCGCGAUAUGCUCUUACCCACCCGGACACAGUUGAAGGUCUUGUUCUCAUCAACAUUGAUCCCAAUGCCAAGGGUUGGAUGGAUUGGGCAGCCCACAAGUUAACGGGCCUCACCUCUUCCAUUCCGGAGAUGAUCCUUGGACAUCUUUUCAGCCAGGAAGAGCUGUCUGGAAACUCUGAGUUGAUACAAAAAUAUAGGAAUAUCAUUACACAUGCACCCAACCUGGAGAACAUUGAACUAUACUGGAACAGCUACAACAACCGCCGAGACCUGAACUUUGAGCGUGGAGGUGAAAUCACCCUCAAGUGCCCUGUGAUGUUGGUGGUAGGAGACCAAGCACCCCAUGAAGAUGCAGUGGUGGAAUGUAACUCAAAACUGGACCCCACCCAGACCUCGUUCCUGAAGAUGGCAGACUCUGGAGGUCAGCCCCAGCUGACUCAGCCAGGCAAGCUGACUGAAGCCUUCAAGUACUUCCUGCAAGGCAUGGGCUACAUGGCCUCAUCAUGCAUGACUCGCCUUUCCCGGUCCCGCACUGCCUCUCUGACCAGUGCAGCAUCCAUUGAUGGCAACCGGUCCCGCUCCCGCACUCUGUCCCAGAGCAGUGAAUCUGGAACUCUUCCUUCAGGUCCCCCAGGGCACACCAUGGAGGUCUCCUGUUGAAUGACCCUUGUUGCCCUGAUGUGGGACCCAGCCCUCACCUCCCACAGCACUAACCUGGGAGGUGCAUGAGGGCAUUGGGCCAGAGUAAGCAAGGGAAAUGGGCAGAUCACUGGUGGGGAGAUGACCUUGAUCUUUGAUUGCUACCCUAACUUUGACCUUUAACCUGUGAUUCCCCCAGCUCCUUGGAGAGGUGCCUAAUAUCUCUUAAGGACCCAGACCCCUAAAUUAUCCCCUCUCCCAUUUUGGUGUUAAGGAGGAGAAGGCAUGUAUCCUCUCUCCCUGAUCUAGUUGUCUGUAGAUGAGGGAUAAGAGGCUAUUGUAGCUGUCAUGGUGCCUGGAUCAGACUCUCCCAACUUAUCCCAUAUUUGCAAGAGCAGGGGAUUUGGGGCUGGGGCUCCAUUCACCAAAGCUGAUAUGGCUUCUUAUUAACUCUUCAGGGCCCGGAAAGGAAUGGGCUCAAUGAAUGUGUGUCUGGGGAGGCUAGCUGGUGGGUUAGUGGUCCUCAGAAUGUGAUAAAAUGUCCAGCGUAUAAAGAGGAAGUUGGAAUGGGAGAUGGUGGCAAUGAAUGAGUAUGGUGAAAAGUCUGGAGUUGGGGCAAUGGGAAGGGGCCUGGGGCCAUUUGGCUGCACUAACCUUGGUAGCUGUCAGUGUGUGUCUAGAGUGGGAUGGGGGAGGAAGCCAAGCUUGAUCCAGGAUGCUUGGGGCAGAGGGGUGGGAAGGGCUAUGCUGGGGCUCUGACCACACUGUGUUGUGUGGAGGGUGGCCUCCUGUCUCCCACAACUUCUGCUGUGAAAAUAAACUGUAGAGGAAUCUGA